CCAUCAGCCCCACUCAUAAACUCCCUGCAAGCAGAGAUCCUGUCCAGAUGACCUCACAGGCACAACUGGCCAGCCGAAAGUGCCUGGCAUCCAGCUAACCCAGGCAUCCCCCUGGGGUCACGUGUUGAGAUCCCCAGGGCGGUUUUCAAAAGCUCCCCCACUUUCCAGCAGCGAUGGAGGCCUUCAACUCGCGCAAACUGGCCCUGCAGGUGGAAAAGAAGCUGCUCAGCCACAUGGCCACCAAGUCCACCGUCACCAUGUUCAUCGACGAGACCAGCGGGGCGGUGCUGGAUGACCUCUACCGCAUCUCCAAGGAGCACACGCAGGACCGGGCGGCCUCCCAGAAGGUGAUCAAGAACCUGGUGAAGGUGGCGGUCAAGGUCUCCAUCCUCUUCCGCAAUGGCCGCUUCAACCAGGCCGAGCUGGCCGUGGCCGAGGACUUCAAGCGCAAGCUGCGCCAGGGCGCCAUGACGGCCGUCAGCUUCCACCAGGUGGCCUUCACCUUUGAGCGGGCCGUGCUGGUGCAGCUGCUGGGGGAGUGCCGGGACCUGCUGCUCCGACUGGUGGAGAAGCACCUGACCCCCAAGUCCCACGGCCGCAUCCGCCACGUCUUCGACCACUUCGCCAACACCGAACUGCUGGGCCAGCUCUACAGCCCCGGGAGCCCCUUUGAGCCCCACUUGGAGAGGGUCUGCCAAGGGCUGAACCAGCUCAUGGACCAAGGGAAGCUGUGACUCCCUCCGGGGGGGGAGGGGGGUGAUCUCUGGGUCAGCCGGUGGAACUCACAGCCACUUCAGGCUUCCGCCAGUUCCGUGCCUGGGACUUCAUACCGGGGACAUUUUAAAGGAGGGGGUUUCAAAUUCCUGGAAGACCCCCCCCCUCUGAGCUAGCUUUUGUGGUCUAAGGACUCAGCAGGUUGUCUUUGCAAUGGAUCGAUGAGGACUAGAAGCUUAGAAUGGAAGCUUGGCUCCCUCAGCUGGAUGAAAAGGUCAAAGGAUGUAGUUUUUUUUUCACGUCUUGAAUGGGGGGGGGGAUUGUGAUCAGUGGGGAGAGAGGGGAAAGUGAAAAAUCCUUUUCUUCCUUUUUGCUUUUUCCAGCAAGCAAUGCUUGGAAAGUGCCGGUUCUGGCAUCUGCUGAGCAGAAACUCAGAACCAGACCUGCUUUGUGCCCUCAAGGGACCCCCGUUUCCCUUUGGCCGGAACUCUCUGGAAAGGUGGGGGGGGAGUGCUUUUCUGAGCCUCUGGAUAUUAUCCAAAUGGAUUCCUAGCUUGGCUUUCAGGGUGGGAGGAACUCAGAAGAGCCCCCCCCGACACACACCUCCCAUCUCCUUCCUACCUCUGUCUUUAGAAUUUUUGUCUCAGGGAACGCAAAAUCUGAAAAUACACUUAUUUUGGUUUUUCAA